GUAGCCGCAAGCCCCAAUCCGCACCUGCAACAGCAGCAGAGCGAGCACACUCCGCUGCACUAAUCUCGCUCGAAUCCCAUCAGCAAUGGCAGCCAUGGCGGCCGCGAGCGUCGGCGGCGCGCUGGGCUUCCUCGCCCCGCGCCGCCGCAUCGCCGUCGGAGCAGCGCCGAGGAGGGUCGCGGUGCGGGCGUCGUACGAGGCGGGGGUAGGGGUGAUGGCGACCAAGGUGGGGAUGAUGACCUACUUCGACCCGGCCAACGGGAAGCCGGUGCCCGUCACGGUGGUCGGGUUCCGGGACGGCGGGAACGUGGUGACGCAGGUGAAGACCGCCGCCACGGACGGCUACGACGCCGUGCAGGUGGGGUACCACGGCGUGCGGGAGGACAAGCUCACCAGGCCGGAGCUGGGGCACCUGGGCAAGGCCGGCGCGCCGCCGCUGCGCCACCUGCAGGAGUUCCGGCUCCAGGCCGUCGACGCGUUCGGCCCCGGCCAGGCGCUCGAGUUCGCCGAGCUCUUCAAGGAGGGCGACCUCGUCGACGUCUCCGCCAAAACCAUCGGCAAGGGGUUCCAAGGUGGGAUUAAGAGGCACAACUUCAAGCGCGGUCUGAUGACUCACGGUUCCAAGAGCCACAGAGCCCUGGGUUCGAUCGGUGCGGGGACAACACCAGGGCGGGUGUACAAGGGGAAGAAGAUGCCCGGGAGGAUGGGAGGGACCAAGACCAAGAUCAGGAAGCUCAAGAUCGUCCGGAUCGACAACGAUCUUAAAGUUGUGAUGAUCAAGGGUGCCAUUCCCGGGAAGCAGGGGAACCUUCUCCGCAUCACGCCCGCCAAGAUCGUCGGCAAGAACAUCCCCAAGAGCUAGAUUUAUCAUGUGUUUUGUCUUGUCAAGAGUUCUUUUGUUUCCUACUCCUUGCUGCUGGAUGUGUUGUACUCCCAGGGGUUCAGGUUUUGUAUACAUGCAAUUUCAGUUUGCCAAAGCUAAUUAUCUGAGAUUAAGGGCAUUCCCUUCCAUGUUGUACACCAAUUGUUCUUCACCUACUUGGGACUAAAAGCUAGUAGCAGGAUAUCUCUAUCAUCAUGAUUGGAUGAUAAAAUUGGAAGGA